CUUAUUUCAUUCGCUCCUCGUCGCGUCGCCCUUGGCUCGCUCGGCUCCAAACGCAAAGCACCCAAUUCCAUUUCCACCGAGAAGAGCCUCUCGUCCUCCUCCUCGCCGCCGUCCACGGGGCAUUUGGUUUGGUUUGGUUUCGUCGGAGUGGAGCUGUACGGGGCUUGACGGGUAGGAUGGAGUCGGACGCCUCUACCUCCCCGCGUCGGCGGAGCAGCAGCUGCUACAGCGACAGCGGCGAUUCGUCGUGCUCCGAGCCGUUCAGCGAGUGCGGCAGCGACGACCUCUCGUUCACCCCGGCCGCGGCCGCGGGGAUCCACCGGCUGCUGCUGUCGUGCGCCGCGGAGGCGUCGGACGGGACGGUCUCGUCGCUCGUCGCGGAGCUGGAGUCGCCGUCGUCGUCACUGGACUCGCUCCGGCGCGCCGCGAUGGAGCUCCGCCUGCUGGCGAAGCACAACCCGGACAACCGGAUUCGCAUCGCGGCGGCCGGGGCGGUGCGGCCGCUCGUGGCGCUGCUGUCGCACGCCGACCCGCUCCUGCAGGAGCACGGCGUCACGGCGCUGCUCAACCUGUCGAUCUGCGACGAGAACAAGGCGAUCAUCGUGGAGGCCGGCGCGAUACGGCCGCUCGUGCACGCGCUCAAGUCGGCCGCGUCGCCCGCCGCGCGGGAGAACGCCGCGUGCGCGCUGCUCCGCCUGUCCCAGCUCGACGGCUCCGCCGCAGCCUCCAUCGGCCGGGCGGGCGCCAUCCCGCUGCUGGUCUCCCUCCUCGAGACUGGCGGCGCGCGCGGGAAGAAGGACGCCGCCACGGCACUCUACGCGCUCUGCAGCGGCGCGCGCGAGAACCGCCUCCGCGCCGUGGAGGCCGGGGCCGUCCGCCCCCUGCUAGACCUCAUGGCCGACCCGGAGACCGGCAUGGUGGACAAGGCGGCCUACGUCCUGCACUCCCUUGUGGGCAUCGCCGAGGGCCGCUCCGCCGCCGUCGAGGAGGGCGGCGUCCCCGUCCUCGUAGAGAUGGUGGAGGUCGGCACCCCGCGGCAGAAGGAGAUCGCUACCCUCUGUCUCCUACAGAUCUGUGAGGACAACGCCGUCUACCGCACCAUGGUCGCCCGCGAAGGCGCCAUCCCUCCCCUCGUGGCCCUCUCCCAAUCCUCCUCCGCUCGCCCCAAGCUCAAAACCAAGGCGGAGGCGCUGAUCGAGAUGCUGCGGCAGCCACGAAGCGCGAGCCUGCGCGCGAGGCCGGCGGCGGUCGUUGCGGCGGAGUGACCCCGGUCGAUUCAAGUGGCGUGCUUUCCGUUCCCCCAUUCCCUGCGGCGAGCCGAGCCGAGCCCAGCCGGCGGCGGGCGAUCGGCCAGCGCGUGUAAAUACCAAGCAGCGUGUUUGCGUCCGCGAGCGAGUGUACAUUUUCCCUCAAGCGAGAUGGCGACGAGACGACGGUGGUGGUGGAGAGAAGAAAAGUCUCCUGUAAAAUUUCUUUCUUCCCCCACCACUUCUUUUGUUCUUCGUUUCUUUUUUUUCCCACUUCUCUUAUUAUCCCCUAGCUUGCUUGCUUGCUUGGUUGCUCACUUCAUCCUCAUCAAACGAGGAGAAGAUUGUGCAAAAAAAGAAAAGCUACAAAAAAAAUCAUGUGUGCGCGUGUGGUUUCAAACAGUGAGAAUUUUGUGCUA